UUGCCCCAAACAUCGAAACGCAGUCUCUGUCAUAUCGAUCCUACUGUGCUCCAUUCAUCUCAGCUUCCAGCAUUCUCACACCCUACUCAAGAACUCCCACGCCUGUUAACACUACAACUUGCGCAGAGCCUCUGUAACCGUCCUCCCGGUCGACGCGCCGCACGCGUACCACUUUUCAAAUGGAGACUUACAACGGCCACGUCAAGACUCUCGCAGACGCCAUCAUUCUCUUCGAAGCAUGUCGAAUCGGACUUCUGCCUCGUGUCCAGCGGAGAUUGUCCGAAAAAGAGAGGUAACAGAUCAAGUCAGGGUCGGUGUUCGUCUGGGAUGAGCGAGAAGCUGGCAUGCGUCGGUGGACAGACGGGAAAUCCUGGAGCGUUAGCAGAGUUUCGAGGAGCUUCUUCACUUAUCGUGAAAUGGAGGGCAAGAGAGGAGGAAAUGGAUACGCUACAGUACCGCAGCCCCAGAAGAAACCAAGUCCAAAGGUUGAUGCAAGAAGCGGCGACUCAGAGGGGGGGGGACCUGAUGGAUACCGGCAUAAGCCAGACGGACUCAUGAAACAAUCGUUCAGCAUAACCACAUCGAGUGGCCAACACCUGCGCCUCAUCAGCUACUAUGCCCGAUCUUCACCAUCUGCUUCAAAUCUCUUACAACCAUCGACGGAUCCAAACCUCAGGCACAUACGCCCGCCGAAAAACAUGUAUCCGGAGUCUACUGUGAAUGACCCACAAGUCAAUAUGCCAACAGUGACACGCGCUCCUAUGGCAUCACCUGGCUUCUCCGCAGGAUCACCUCAGCCCAAUGCUGGGUCGCCGUAUCAACGUGCUCCCAUGGGCCCGACAUACAUUCCGCAGCAGCCCGGUUGGCCGCCAACGCCAUCUGCGACACCCCAUGGAACUUACGCAAUCCACCACGCCUAUUUACCACACGUCGGCCCACCACCCACUCAUCUAGAUCGUGUUCCUCCUCCCAUCAGCAACUCUCAGGUACCACCUGCACCGCAGCACCAUCAUCCCAGCAGUCAGUCAUAUCCCCACAGCUUCACGACAAGAGCCCCGCAGACUUCGUAUCCGGCCCCGCAUCACUAUCCUCAUACCACGGAGCCAGGUCCUCAGCUGCCCCCGGUUGGCACGCAUGCCGGCAGUGACCAUCACUCGUCUAAUCGUCCCAGCAGUGGGGGAAGACCCCAACCAUUUCCUGGGGCCACGCGGUCGCCAUGGUGUCUGAGGCGCACUGGGCGAUGCGCCUGACACACAGCAAGUCAAGUAGCCUAAUGAGAAGGUAUAUGCGUGCGUUUGAUCGACUGAAUUCCAAAAAUUUGGGUUCUCGCUGUUGUCGUGUGUCUUGACUUUAACUAGAGGAAAUUCGGGGCUAAAUGGAUGGGACGACCCAUUCCGUCCAUCCGUAUAUCCAUAGCUUGGCGCCCGAUGUUCGCCCAUG